GUGAGUGACCUCUAGCAUGAGAGGCCCGUCUCCACAACCUACCACUUACCACAAAGCUUACAGACCAGGGUCAUCCUGUCCUUAAGACAUUUCUGAUCUGAAAGGCUGGGCCCGUUCGUAUCUCACCAUUUAUCUGAGAGGUGGAGGAGAAGGCCACUGUUUUAGACCGAGAAGGGAGAAAGAACCAAACGUGUUAUUUGGCACAUACCAAGCACCAAUCCAUCAGGACCUUUACAAAAACUAUCCCAUUCAAUGCUCCUGAUCUUCUAAGGUCUAGAUUAUCAUCCCCUUCUUCAUAGCUAGGAUAUUGAGGACCACAGAGAAUAAACCACUGGCCCCAGGUCAUAUAGGUCUCUUUUAAAAUCACUGAUUGUCUGCAGUUCCUUUGGUCUUUAUGAUGUCUGUGACAUCCGGUCACUUGCACAGUUAUCCGAAGUUACAUCGUAACCAAGUUUUUCAGAAGCAUGCCUCCUCUUUUCAGUAAGAGUAUUCGAAUAUAUAAGGAUUCGCUGAAUGGUUGCAUGAAUAAACUGUCUCAAGUGAUCAGGCGAGACUGUUUGGAGGAGUUGGGACCCUGAGCGAGGAGGCAGGGAGAGCAGUGGAUCUUCCUUGUCCCAUACAGAUCCGUGACUAGCUGUAGGUAGGCAACUAACCACCCCCCCCCACCUGCACCCCCACUCUGCAUCCAGGUAGAAUUGAUGGGAAGUUGCUGUUUUCAUUCAGGGUCAAGGUGUAGAGGUUUGGUCCACAGCCAGUGUCAUGAGUCAAUAUCACUGGGCUCUCAGCCUCGCUGGGCAAGCCUGGGCUCCAUAAGCGCUCCAACGCCAAGAAUGGGGGGAGGUGGCUUUGAAGCAUGCAAGAGCUACUGGGAAGAACAGUGAGUGGGGGCUGGAUGGGGCAGGACAGGGAGAGAGUGACCAAGGAACAAAAGAGGAGAAGCACAAGGGCAGAAGAUAAACUGAGAAACAGAAAAACAGAAGGCAAACGAUAAGACAGAAGCAGACAGGACAGACAAGGCUGCGGUGGGAAUGCUAAGAGAAGGAGAAUGGGGGGGGGGUGGCGUACCUUUAUCCUACACUUCCCUGAGGGGCUCGCUUUCUCUGUCCUGCAGCUCAGAGGCUGGAAUAUUCACCAGCUUAGCCUGAAGCAGGCAUUUGCUUAUGCAGUCAGCCCAUCUUUUCUAAGAGCCUACCACGUACCUGCGCUGGGCGCUAGGGACGGAGACUAAUUAGAUGUCACCCCCGCCUUCCAGGAAUUCACAGGAAGACUGUAGAGUCUGGAGCCGCCCGGCUGGGGCUCAAAUCCAGGCUCCCCCGCUUCUAGCUGGGUGACACUGGGCAUGUCAUCUAACCUCUCUGCGCCUCGGUUUUCUCAUAUAUAAACAGGAUAAUCAUAGCACCUACUUCAUAGAGUUGUCAUGGUGAUUAAAUGAGUUGAUACAUGUAACGGGUCAGAACAGGGCGGGGCACAGGAAGUGCUGUGUGCUGAAGUGGGCGGUCAGUCCUAGCAAUAAUGAUGCCAGUGCUAUAACACAGGGACGGGCAGUUAAAGCGGUGGCCGUCUCUGCCCGCAGGUCAGGAAAUGGUUCUCAGAGGACGUGACAUUUGGGGCAAGGCUUGAGUCCACCAGGCACAGGUGGUGGGUCUGGGGACCGUGGUGCCGAGGGCAUCUGGGACCCUGGAGUUGGGUAUGAAAAGGUGUCGUGCUGUAUGCGUGUUGCCUCCUAUGGAUAUCAGGAACACCUUGGACGUGUCCCUCCUUAGCCUCUUCGUUUCCAGGGCUCAGAGCUGAGCUCCCAAGCUGGCAGGUUGCCCAGAACAGCCCCACACGUUUCAGCCUAGAACUGUUGGCCUUUGGGCAAGGGAUCUGGCGCAUCCCUGCUGGGACUGGUCUCAGGACCAUGGUUCCUCAGAUGUUCAGAUGGCCUGAGGGAGCUGCCUUUUAGCGGGUGAGCUGAACCAGGUUUGGUUUAGAAUUCUGUUGCUCUCUGUACAUUUCUUCCACCCACACUUUCCCUGCUGAUCAGCAUUCGAUGGACUUGGCGUCCUGAGAUGAAGAGCAAAGAAGGCAGAGGGCUCUUGGGGUGACGACUGUUUCCCAGCCUCUACCUGUCAUACUGGAAUGGCACUAAGGACAGCAGCCAGCAUUUCUUGAGCACUUACUGUGUGCCAGGCACCGUGCCAAGGGCUUUACCUACGUUAUCCUACUAAAUCCUCCAAAACACCCCCAUUAGUUGAGGAGACCGAGCUGGGAAACGUUAAAGUAACACAGCCAGGAGAUGUCAGAGCCAGAAUUCAGCCCCAAACCUUUCUGACUCCAGAGCCCUGGUUCUCAACCGCCGUGUUAAACGAGCUAAUCUAUGUAAAGUGCCCGCCACAAAGCAGAAGCUGGAUAAAUGGCUGCCCCGAUGGGGCGUGGCAAGGAAUGAGCAGGCCCCACCCCAGCGGACAAGGAUGGAGAGCCGUACCCAGGAGGGCAAGAAGCGAUGCCCACCCAUCCCCACGUAGAAUGACCGUCCCGGGAGGGCGGUUCCCCAGGCCCUGGCAAGGCUGCUGACCCUCGGCCUGCGAACCGCUAAGAGUAGGACUCCAGACUCUCCUUGCGGAUGGUUCCCUACCCUGCGGCUCCAUCAUGAGGCUCCUCGUGGCCCCCCUUUUGCUGGCGUGGGUGGCCGGUGCCGCCGCCGCCGUGCCCGUGGUACCCUGGCGUGUGCCCUGCCCCCCUCAGUGCGCCUGCCAGAUCCGGCCCUGGUAUACGCCCCGGUCAUCCUACCGUGAGGCCACCACCGUGGACUGCAAUGACCUGUUCCUGACGGCGGUGCCCCCCGGGCUGCCCGCGGGCACGCAGACCUUACUGCUGCAGAGCAACAGCAUCGUCCGCGUGGACCAGAGUGAGCUCAACUACCUGGCCAACCUCACAGAGCUGGACCUGUCCCAGAACAGCUUUUCGGACGCUCGGGACUGUGAUUUGCGCGCCCUGCCCCAGCUGCUGAGCCUGCACCUGGAGGAGAACCAGCUGGGCCGGCUGGAGGACCACAGCUUUGCGGGACUCGCCAGCCUGCAGGAGCUCUAUCUCAACCACAACCAGCUCUACCGCAUCGCCCCCAGGGCCUUUGCCGGCCUCGGCAACCUGCUGAGGCUGCACCUCAACUCCAACCUGCUGAGGGCCGUUGACGGCCGCUGGUUUGAGAUGCUGCCCAACCUGGAGAUCCUCAUGAUCGGCGGCAACAAGGUAGACGCCAUCCUGGACAUGAACUUCCGGCCCCUGGCCAACCUGCGCAGCCUGGUGCUGGCAGGCAUGAACCUUCGGGAGAUCUCCGACUACGCCCUGGAGGGGCUGCAAAGCCUGGAGAGCCUCUCCUUCUAUGACAACCAGCUGGCCCAGGUGCCCAGGCGGGCCUUGGAGCAGGUGCCCGGGCUCAAGUUCUUAGACCUGAACAAGAACCCGCUCCAGCGGGUGGGGCCUGGGGACUUUGCCAACAUGCUGCACCUCAAGGAGCUGGGUCUCAACAACAUGGAGGAGCUGGUUUCCAUCGACAAGUUCGCCCUGGUCAACCUCCCCGAGCUGACCAAGCUGGACAUCACCAACAACCCCCGGCUGUCCUUCAUCCACCCCCGCGCCUUCCACCACCUGCCCCAGAUGGAGACCCUCAUGCUCAACAACAACGCUCUCAGUGCCUUGCACCAGCAGACGGUGGAGUCCCUGCCCAACCUGCAGGAGGUGGGUCUCCAUGGCAACCCCAUCCGCUGCGAUUGCGUCAUCCGCUGGGCCAAUGCCACGGGCACCCGCGUCCGCUUCAUCGAGCCGCAGUCCACCCUGUGCGCCGAGCCGCCCGACCUCCAGCGCCGCCCAGUCCGCGAGGUGCCCUUCCGGGAGAUGACGGACCACUGCCUGCCCCUCAUCUCCCCCCGCAGCUUCCCCCCCAGCCUCCAGGUGGCCAGCGGAGAGAGCCUGGUGCUACACUGCCGGGCACUGGCUGAACCGGAACCCGAGAUCUACUGGGUCACGCCAGCCGGGGUUCGACUGACGCCUGCCCGUGCUGGCAGGAAGUACCGGGUGUACCCCGAGGGGACCCUGGAGCUGCGGAGGGUGACGGCAGAAGAGACAGGCCUGUACACCUGUGUGGCCCAGAACCUGGUGGGGGCUGACAGUAAGACGGUUAACGUGGUCGUCGGCCGGGCCCCCCCGCAGCCGGGCCGGGACAAGGGAUGGGGGCUGGAGCUCCGGGUGCAGGAGACCCACCCUUACCACAUCCUGCUGUCUUGGGUCCCCCCACCCAACACAGUCUCUACCAACCUCACCUGGUCCAGCGCCUCCUCCCCCCGGGGCCAGGGGGCCCCUGCUCUGGCCCGCCUGCCGAGGGGAACCCACAGCUACAACAUCACCCGCCUCCUUCAGGCCACGGAGUACUGGGCCUGCCUGCAAGUGGCCUUUGCCGAUGCCCACACCCAGCUGGCAUGUGUAUGGACCAGGACUAAAGAGGCCGCUCCUUGCCGCAGAGCCUUAGGGGACCGACCAGGGCUCAUAGCCAUCCUGGCUCUGGCUGUCCUCCUGCUGGCAGCCGGGCUAGCCGCCCACCUUGGCGGUGGUCAGCCCAGGCAGGGGGCGGGUGGGCGGCCUCUCCUUCCGGCCUGGGCUUUCUGGGGCUGGGGGAGUGCCCCCUCCGUUCGAGUGGUAUCCGUGCCCCUUGUCUUGCCCUGGAACCCCGGAAGGAAGCUGUCCCGGUCUUCGGAAGGGGAAACACCAUCACCACUAUUGCUACAAAAUUCCUGAAGCUUGGCCCGCUCUCAGCAGUAGACAAAUAACGAGGACUACUUUUUACCAAAAGGGAAGCGAUCUGGGCCAGAUGCCCUGCCAGGAAAGUGACAUGGACCCGCGUGCUUGAGGCCUGGCAGCUGGACCAAGACAGACGGGCUUUGUAGCCUCAGGGGGGCGCUCCCACCGCCUCCAAAAAGUUGCCCUUACCUUCCGGGAGCCUGUCCGCUGACAUUCUGACAUUCUGACAAGCAUCUCCAAGGGACAGGAGGGACUCUGGCGAGAGCCUCCUCCCACCCCCCCUAGUUGUCUGUGUGCCCAGAGGCUCCCGGGCUUCUGCUUGGAUGUCCCUUGCCUGUGUCCCCAGGCCCUUGGCCCACAGGAUGCGCCCCCUCCUCUUCUCUUUCUUUGCACAGUCUCAGUUGCUUGCUCUUUCCCCUCCUGGGCAAGGGCUGAGGGAGGCCUCUCCUCCCCACCAUGGGGUGACCGCUCCCAAAGUGGGUCCCUGGUCGGAUCUGAAGGACAUCUGGGGAGAGGGAUGCCCAGGAACGCCUGAUCUUGGCAGCCGGUUUGGCACUCUGAGGUUGACUUUCUAUAGGCAAUUUUGUACCUUUGUGGAGAAACGUGUCACCUCCCCACAACCCAGUUCACUCUUUUCUCCUGUUUUGUAAAAAAUAAAAAUAAACAAGAAUAACAAUAGUAAGGGGGGAAAGGAAACCAAGGGAGGAUAAUCUUUGAAUACUAAGUGUAACUGAAAA